AUGGCUUCUCGCAUGUUGCCAAUGGUUCAACUCUACACCUUUUUGGUGAGAACCCUGGCUGAUGGCGACAUCUUGGUGACCACUAGUAGCAGCGACGGCUCGUAUGUGAUCGAAACCAUUUGUACACAAUGCAGCUGUCCUACUGCAACAAAUCCUGGCUGGAGAGGCCAUCAAUCUUUGGAAAGCUGCGCUCAAACUUGCGCACAAGAAGGAUCCUGGAUCAAGCACGCCAGUGGCCUAAAAUCCAAUGGCAGCCCAGGUGAUAACAACUGUGGCUGUUGCAGCAGCUUGGAGACCAUUGAUCAACCCGCUGACUAUGGGAUAAAUGUGUACCAGGUCAGCGAUGCGACAGUGACCACCAGCCAUGCUCAGUCCCCAAGCUCCUAUGUGACCCAGGUGGUUUGCACACAAUGCAGCUGUCUCACUGCAUCGACUCCUGGCUGGAGAGGCCACCAAUCUCUAGAAAGCUGCGCUCAAACUUGCGCGCGAGAGGGAUCCUGGUUCAAGCACGCCAGUGGCGUAAAAUUAGACGGCAGUCAAGGCGAUAACAACUGCAACUGUUGCGACACCGUUGAAGUUAUUUUCGGCGACGGUUGGGGGGUAAAUGUCUACGAGUUCAGAGAUGUAGAUGCGGACUACUACUUCCGGGUUUUAUGCGGGCCGAACUGCUCCUGUACUGAGUCAACAAAGGCCCGGACGGCAUCAAGAACUUUCGGUGACUGCGCUGCCUUUUGUGCUGCUGAGCAGUUUCCCCGCUUUCAAUAUGAUGACACUGUCAACGAAGGCACCUGUUCUUGCUGCAUCUCACAAGGUGACGAGAGAUCUGGUGGUGGUAGCGUUUAUGCCUUUGACAGCUCCCGUGUCACUGACAGCUCUCGUGUCACUGAAGCAGGAGCUGCCCAUCGAUCCGCGGCCAUCAUGGUCGUGCCUGCUUUUCUUCGCGUUUCAGCACUGUGGUGA